CUCUCACUCUUCCACUGUCUGUCAUUUACAGAGUCCUGCUUCUGCCCCACAUUAACAAUGCUCUCUGUCAGUUCCCUCCCUGGUAGCGUGCUUCUCAGUUAUCCAGGCAUGCAUCAGAAGAGCAGCUGUCCUAUCAUGCAUCAGGAGAGCAGCUGUGCAAUGUCAGAUCCAGACCGUGUGGAGAAAGGUCUGUAUCAGAUGCUACAGGAAGCACUGAGAGAGAUUGGGCUUCCUGAAACCCAGGACAGGACACGUGGUGGACACGUACCAGGUGAAUACUACUCAGAGCUGUGUUUCUGUGUGCUGGGUUCCCCACUCCCCCACCUCUCCUUCCUGUUAGAGGCAGGUCAGGUAAGCCCAGGCGAUUCCCUCCUAUGUCUCUCCCCUUCCUGGGUCACUCGGGCCUCCACAUCACUUGUGGUCCACAAAGCCGUGACCUUUGACCUUGGGGGCCGUACCACCCUUCUCACCUUUUGUCCCCCCCGCCGGGUCACUUACCUACUGACCUGCAACCCCUGGGCUGGGCAGGAGGUGACGCAGGGGGUUGACUGUCCGAUGGGUGGGUCAUUGGAGUUGGAACGAUUCUGGAGCGACAGGCUGACCGCGAGGGUCCUGCUGCAGAAGGCCAAAAUCAAUUGCCCUCCAACCCUGGCACUCCUCCUGCCCCCGGGGCAGAACAUCGUGGGGGAGGGGCGCACGGGGGUCGUUGAGGUUGUCCUGCUGGAGACGGAGGGGGCGCAGAGGGGUACAGACUCCAUCCGAAACAAGCUGACGACAUUCCUGGAGUCUGAAGCAUUGAGGCAGGCUGACAGGGUGGUAGUGAGGCGCAGUAGAGGUGGGUCAGAUGACAGCCUUCUUCACCUGCCCCGGGAUAACAGGGAGGAGGUGUGGGCAAAGGUGAGCCAAACGCUGCCCCUCCUAAUGCCUGGAGAGGCCAUCCUGGUUGAGGAAUACUGCUCUCCACUGAAGCCUGGGCCUAGAGUAGAAGACCACACCUGGGAGCAGUACUCUGGUAAUCCAAGGGAAAUGGACUGCAGGCCCCAGAUUCCUGAUCUGUCAUUCAGGGUGUGUGCCACCGUCACCCGCUCCCCCCAAAAUGUCCCCCUGCUGUACAAGUUGGAGUGUAAAGUUGGACCAGUUGGCACCCCUCCAUCUGGAUAUCACUCCAUCUCCCAGUCCCUGGAAACCACCUUGUCUGACCUUGGCUACUCUGACCCAUCCAUGACUGCCUCCCUUCGGCAGCUGGCAACUGACACUGCCCUGGCCUGCCUCCAAAUUGUCAUGGACACCGAGUCUGGGAUGUCACCAGGACAACGGGGCGGGAUGUGUGCUCAGAGCGAUGUGAUAGGUGUGGACCUCCUCAUCACUCUCUCUGGUUCGAUCAUCUCCCCAGUGGUUCUGGGGCUGCGCCCGUCUCCCCAGCUGAGCCCUCACUUCCUGGAGGGUGGCAUGGGUGGCUGGGACGAGCGUGGUAGAGGUAUGUGGUGGGACAAGGAGGGGUGUCUGGGUAGCCUACUGCAUUCCCCCUUGGCCCGCUCACAGUGCUACCUCAUGAAGGGGAAGACCGUGUUAGUCAUCGGGGCAGGAGGGUACAGCAAGAAGUUUGUGUGGGAAGCAGCCAAUCAGUAUGGUCUAAAGAUUCUACUGGUUGACUCUGACCCCUCCCACUUUGCCUCCCGCCUGGUGGAACACUUCCUCCCCUUACCGGACCUCCCUGAUCAUGGCCGAGAUGACCAGCACUGUGUGCGCAUCUGUGAAUGGGUGGAAUCGGCGGGGCUCCGCCCGGACGGGUGUCUGUGUUUCUGGGAUGACUGUGUGGUGCUGGCCUCCUUGAUCUGCCGGAGCCUGGGUCUCAGGGGUGCCCCACCUGAGGCAAUCCACAUUGCCAAAGAAAAGAGUCGUACCCACCUGCACCUACUGGGGCUACAGGGACCCCCGUCCAAGAGAUCUGGUCCCCAUGAGGGCGGCCGGCUGGCGGGUACCAUAGAGACAGUCUUGGAGAUGGAGGGAGAAAGCCUGAGGGCCAUAAUGGACUUUGACAGGAGGGAGCAGGUGGGUCUGAAGGGGGAGGCAGCGGAAAACCAUGGCAACAGCAUCUCAGAUGACUCCGUCCCCUCGCCAGGUUCCUUCUGCUCCUGGGUGCCACACCUUUCGCCCCCACCCGCCAGCUAUGGUGUGCCUUGUGCCCACAUGGAGAAUGCCCAGGACCUGAAGGACGCGGUGCAGCAGAAUAGGGUGCGUUUUCCCGCUGUCAUGAAGCUGGAAUAUGGCGCCGGGGCAGUGGGUGUGAAGCGGGUGGGCUCGCUGGAGGAAGCCCUAACCCACCUGGAGAAGAUUGCAGGUGACCUGCGGGAGGAGACUGACUACCCAGGCAUUGGGCUGGGUUGGGGGAAUGCCAUGACCCUGAUGGAGUUUGUCGGUGGAACAGAGCAUGACGUGGAUGUGCUGCUCUUCGAUGGCCGGCUGGAGGGCGCCUUCGUAUCAGACAAUGGCCCCACCCGAUUGCCUGCCUUCACUGAGACGGCUGCGCGGAUGCCCACAGGCUUGGCACCAGAUAAGAGAGUGCAGCUGAUCCAUGCGGCGUACCACAGCUGCCUGGCCUGCGGGUUACGUGAUGGCGUCUUCAAUGUGGAGCUGAAGAUGACGCCGCUGGGGCCUCGCCUCCUUGAGAUCAAUGCCCGCAUGGGCGGCUUUUACUUGCGCGACUGGAUCCUCCAGCUCUACGGCGUGGACAUCCUGCUGGCUGCCUUCAUGGUGGCCUGUGGCCUGCCGCCCCGCCUGCCCUCAGCCACCUGCCUCCCACCACAGGGCCACUACGCCGGCAUAAUGUGUGUUGUGUCACAGCACCGCCAGGCGCUGAAUACCACAGCACACCCCAGGCGGCUGCGCCAGCUCCACCAGGAGGGAGUGCUGCGCCUCAACGAGCUGGAGGAGGAGCUCAUCUCUGGCGAGUAUGAGGAGCCCUACUGCAACGUAAGCGUGAGGGACGACCGGCCAGAUGACGCCCGCCAACGCCUGCUGGCACUGUGCCAGGGACUUGGGCUGCACUGCCCGCCCCGCUAUGACCUGGGCUAUUUCCUGUCCCAGUUUAAAUAGAGAGCCUACUUCCUGUCCCACUUUAAGGGCCUACUUCUUGUUACACAUUAUGUAGAGAGCCCACUUCCUGUUCCACUUCAAGCAAAGGGUAGUGCUGAGUGAUUCAUGUUUUUUUUUUUUAGUUCAGUGUGAUUUCAAUUUGGUUUCUGAAAUGAAUCACGGUUUUUGAUUUCGUUUUUUUUUUAUUUAAAUAUGAAUGUACCAUGAAAUAAUGACAUUUGAAAUUCUUUUUGAAUAUUUUUUUUAUUGAAAUGUUAAACACAAACUUAAAAAACUUCAAAACUCUAUUUUAAAAUUCUCCAAUGUGGUGACUGCAUAUUACAGUAAAUCACUUGCAUAAAUUAUCAGUUUGGUUUUUAAAAAUAUAUGAAAAUUUCA